AUUACGUCAGUGACAGUCAGUGGCAAUUGCGCAGUUAUAGAGAAUAAAAGUUCUGCGCAACAUUCUUAACGGAAGUGUUGGGCUCCGACCUGAAAUUGCAAAGAGAGAAAGUACUCCAGACUUACCAUAAGUAGUAGAGGUAACAAUAAACUAGUUGUUUGGAAAUCUUUGCUGCCUUGAAAAAUAUGGAAACCGAUCUACUGCAGAGCUUUGAAGACAUCGGAUAUACAGGGCCAUUACUUGAUCCUGAAAAAUUAUCAGAUGCUUUAAAUGGUGGUGCAAAAUCUGUAGAAUUUACGACUCUUGUAGCAUGGCUUGCAGAACAAUUGAUAACAUUCAAUGACUUGGAUGAGUCCAUUCAUCCUACUUCUUCGGCAGACGAUGCUAGUUCCUUCUUAUUAGAAUUAAGCUCUUUUCUGAAAGAACUUGGGUGUGUCAAUCGUCAAUUAAUGACUGGUAAUAUCAAUCAACGAUUAGCAACGAAACAAGAGAGAAUGAUAUUAUUAGAGUAUUUAAUCUUAGAGCUUAUGACCAGCAAGAUACUCGAGUGUAAAAAACCUACAAGCAAUUCACAGUUAGAAGUUACGAUUAGGGAAAGUAAUACUGCUAAAUCAUUAAAAGAAAUGUUGUUAGCUUUAAAAUUUCAAAAGCCACCAGACAAUAUAACUUCACAGUUACUCUUUAACAAAGUAGAUGCUAAGUUAAAAGAAAUUGUUGAAAAAGCUCCUGCUGAUCUGUUAGGUAAACCAUUAUUUUUUGGAGAAUUGUCAAAUGCUCAGUGGGAAAAAUUGGAUAAAUUGCAACAAGAUUUAAAUGAGGAAUACAGAAUACGACGAGAAAUGUUACUUAAAAGGCUGGACGUUACCGUUCAAUCAUUUCUGUGGUCUGACAGAAUAAGACCAAAGGGAGAUCAGCUAAAUGCUUGUUAUCAAAGUAAAAGGGAUAAAAUGUCUGCGAAACCAAAUGUAACAAUUGCAGACUUACUAGCAGCCCGAGAUGAUUUGGCAGUAAUUGAAAAAACAAGUAAUGCGGUAGUUCGCAAAAAUACACGCAGUCAAGUGAACAAAGUCAUAAUUGGAGAUGUUCCGGAUCGAGGAGGAAGACCAUGUGACCAGGAACCACCACCACCCGAGAUGCCAUCCUGGCAGAAAGAUCGUGUGGCUGGACCACCUUCUUUUAGAGGAGGUCGAGGUGGUGGUAGAGGCGCUAGAGGAAAUACAGGAUAUAGAGAUCGCAAAGAUGCAUCUAAAAAUUUUGGACAAAACCAAGAUGCUCCACCUCAGCAACAAUACCUACAUCUUGAACAACAGCAAUAUAAUGCUGAUUAUGGUAACCGUGAAGGAUAUUAUGGUGAUAAUAAAGGCGGUAGCGGGUAUCAAAGAGGAAGCGGUGGUGGUGGAGGUGGCAGAGGUCGAGGCGGAAGAGUUCAAGGAGGUUGGAAUCAAGGUGAAAACUAUGGCUCUAAUAGUUAUCAACGUGGUUAUAAUCGUGGCCGAGGAAGUGGCAGACAACAUUAUUAAAAAUUAUAAUGACUGAUUAAAAAUUGCUUAGUUGUACAUGCUUAAUUUGAUAUCACGACUUUUACUGAUAUAAAAGUAACAGAAGGCUGAUUAUUUUCUUUGCUGCUAAUACGGUUGAGCUGCACUCUAUAGUGCCUCUGUCAAUACGUGCGACUUAUAAUUAAUGUUAAUUUUAAAAACCAUUAUAAAAUAUUAAUGUAGAAAUUGAAAAGAUUGCAUAAUCAAUUUUGAAGUCUCUGAUUCAAUCAGAAAGCAACAAAAAAAUUACUUUGAAAAUCCUCAUUAGUAUUGUAAUAUUACCACUAACCAUUAAAGCCAAUUGUUUAUAUAUAUUGAAGAGAUAUUUAAUGAAUUUUCUUGGAAAUUAAUAACACAAUAUUAUUGUAAGUAUAACUUAUUUAUAUUUAUUUAAAUAUCUUUGGAUUUUUCAAAUAUUCGUACUACUAAAUAAAGAUUAAAGUGAUAUAAUCA